GUAUCAGAGUUGUCCGAGUGCCAGCGGCCUUCUGAUCACCUGUGUCUCUGCAGCUCAUCUUCAGCAACAAUGCGAGUCCCACAGGUGUCGAGCGCUCCACGGAUCCAGACGGUGUUGACCAGCUCAUCCUUGGGUCUAGAGGGCUUCAAAGCUCACGCCGUCUUCCAGGAGAUCAGUAAAAAGCUGCAUGAGGACGGAGAGCAGUUUGUGAAGAAGAUCGGAGGUGUGUUCGCCUUCAAGGUGAAGGACGGGACGGGAGGAAAGGAGGCCAUCUGGAUCGUUGAUGUUAAGAACGGAAAAGGCUGCGUUCACAAUGAUGCUGACGAGAAAGCAGACUGCACCAUAGCCAUGGCCGACUCGGACCUGCUGGACCUCAUGACUGGAAAGAUGAAUCCACAGACCGCGUUCUUCCAGGGCAAACUGAAGAUCACCGGAAACAUGGGCAUGGCGAUGAAGCUUCAAAACCUGCAGCUGCAGCCGGGCAAAGCCAAGCUGUGAGAGGCGGAGCCUCAAAGAGGGCGGGGUCUCGAGUAGCUCCUCUCACUGAGUUCACUCUGUUAGAGCAGCUGCAGGAGUCAGACACCGAAAGGGUUUCUGCGCUAGUUUCAACCUCUUUCUAACAAGCUAAAGGGAUAGUUCACCCAAAAAUAAACAUUUGGUCGUAGUUUACACUGUUUUCUAAUUCCUUUCCGUAAACAUGACUAUUCUUAGUCUUUUGAGAGGAAAAGGCUAAAAUAUAAGAAUUUGCGAAUGUUGUACAGUCAUAUGGGUUUGAAAUAACAUGAAGGUGAGUGAAUGAUGCCAGAAAUCUCAUUUUUGGGUGAAUUAUUUAAAUGAAUCACAGGAGUCUGAUAGAUGGAUACAAAAAUACUAUAUUAAUACCGUUCUUAAGGUACAUUUUCCCUUUGAUUGGCAGCCAUAACUGUUUAAAUUAUAUGUGUGUGUGGAUUGAUUGUUUGCUUUGAAGGGCUUUCUUGGAAGUGAAGCCCCGUUAAAGUGCCUGUGAACUAUAAACUCAAACACAUGGGCUUUGAUGGACAGAUGUGUUGUUAAAAUGUACAACCAGUGGUGUAUAAAGUACCUGAAAGCCAUAGUCAAGUAAAAGUACAAAUAGCU